CUUUGCUGGACAUACGAAGCCUCCUCCCAUGACUGCACGAGCCCACUAUGGCAGCAGCACUCUGGGAAGGACGCGGCAAAAGACCAGCUCCCGACGAAACGUGCGGCGAAGAGCGCAUUCAGAUGACAGCUUCUUUAGCACCGGUCUCAUUUUGCAGGAGCCACAACUGCAGACCGUUCGUGGAUGGCUGGUUUUUCAGGUCUUGGCGCUCGUUUUGCAAUUCCACUUCUGGCAGGAGGUCCGAGACAACCUGUUUGUGUACGAGAGCACGUUGAGCUCCAACUGUGCUCCAGAACGCACAAGACACGGAAUUUGCGUUGGACCACUGUGGAAUGUGUCUGCUUGGGAAGACGUUGUGCUCCAGGGAAGGUUGAGCUGGUUCGGAGAGCUAAGGACGCGGCCACACUAUAGCUACAGCAGCCAUAUGUCAAGAAACCACUUUGAUUCAAUCGAGGCUAUCGAUGCUGAGAUUGCCCAGCUGCAGCAAGAGACUGCUCUUAGACUCAAAGAGCUUCAAGACAAACGUGCUGAGUUGCAAGUCGUCCAGGGUUUGGUGCCAUUGGGCAACGGGUCCUCAAGGAGCCGAGGCUUCAAUUCUACCUACAUUUUUCAAUUUGAGACUCGAUCUUCUCCCGCAGUGCUUCUGAUGUCUGUCGAUCCAGUGUCCCGAGCUCCGCGAAUCGGUGAAGAUCCCCCGCAGCUUACACCGGCUGCUCUUGACGACGAGCAUGAAGGACAUCACUGGAGCUUGGAAGUGAAAAGGAUUGAGCCUCCUCCGACUGGAUUGAAUUUUCAACGAACUGGCUAUGGCACAAGGAUCAUGACCAUAGAGGACAUGUCACAAGAGGCUGUGGAUGCAGUCCGUCAACAUGGACAUGUUCGUUGGGAGGGGAUCUUGCGAAAUGUUGAGAUGUCGGCCCAUCGGACACGAUUUGUGAUAUUUGUUGAGGACUUCCAAUCACACCAGGAUCACCUGGAGAAACUGACUAGUGCGAUGUCUGGAACGCAAUGUUCGUUGACGGCUUCUUGGAGAGCUUUCAAUAGGCAGCAUCAGGGCCAUCGACACCGUGCUCUCACUAGGUGUCGAGAUCUGCUGGGAUGUUUUUUACCGCUUGGUGCUCUUGCAACUUGGGCUGUCUAUGCAAGACUCGUCACACGAACAAUGAAAGCUCUCGCGGAACCAAAGGACAUGUCGCCAUCGAUGGAGCUGACUGAGGAUCAGGCUGAGAGCCAACCAGUGUCCGGAACUGCCGGGAACAUCUCGGGGAACCACUUCCAAACAGUGAUUUUGAUUAAGCUGCUGGUCAUGGACAUUCCGCAACAGAUUUGCAUCGUGCUCUACCUCCUGGGUUGGUAUGAAGCUGACGGCUUGCGCUGCCAGCUGUGCCUGUUCCAUCCUCAACACUGUGAAGAUGAACAUCCUUUCAGACUUGCCAACUCUGUUGCAUUCCUGUGCACUUUACUGUCUUCAGUAACCAAUCAGAUCAUACUUGGCCCAGGGAAGACGUCAAACGCGGAAGAUGCUUGUGGGUAUUGGAUCAUUCGGAUUGGAUUGAUUUGUGUCUCCAUACUGCCCUUCACCACUGGAGUGUACUGGGCCACAUCUGCGCUGCUAACACUCCCAGCCCUCGUGAAGGUGUUUGUGUUUCUGCCUUGUGUCUUUGGAUGGUUUAGCGUAAUAGCAUGCUUGCUUUCUGGUUUCGUGGCUUGCUGCGGAGACCUGUAGCAGAGCUCAGGACAACGUGCAGAUGCGCACUCGCAAAGGGAUAUUUUGAAUGCUACCUGCAGAACGUGCAGAAAGGAGUGAGGAAUAUAAAUUUGCUUGAUUGCAUGGCUCCUGUGUGGCGACAGCAGAAAA